AUGGAUUUCCAAGACUUCACAAUUAUUGACAAGAGCUGGAUAGGACUUCCAAGAGACCACGAUGCAUUCAAAGCAGGAGUUCGAAAUUUCAUAGACUAUGCGAGCUGGGAUUUAGAACCCGACCAGAAAAUAUUUUGUCCUUGUAAGGAUUGCAAUAACAAUAAGAGAGAGCUUGUGUCUGUAGUGCACGGACAUAUUCUGUGGAAUGGCUUUAUGCCGGGAUAUGUCGAUUGGGUAUACCAUGGAGAAGGGGAAGACCAGGUGAGGGAAACAACCAAUACUGGAAAUGUGGUGCAGGACGACGAUGAAGAAAUGUCUGAUUUGCUGCAAGAAAUGAACUAUGACGCCUCCAAUUUUUACAAGUUGCUGAACGAUGCGCAGGUGUCACUAUAUCCUGGCUGUGAAAAGUUUUCAAGAUUAUCCUUCAUUGUGCACUUGCUUCAUGUCAAGUCCCUCGGUGGAUUGAACAUCAAGGGGUUUGAUGCGUUGUUGAGUCUCUUGACCAAAGCCUUUCCGGAUGCCAAACUACCAAAGAAUUUUUAUGAUGCUAGAACAACAAUCAAGGGCUUGGGGCUUGGCUACAUUUUGAUCGAUGCUUGCGAGAAUGAUUGUGUUUUGUUCUGGAAAGAGAAUGCAGAUAAAACUUCUUGCCCGGUAUGUCAUGCUUCAAGAUGGAAAACUACUGAAUUGAAUGUGGAUAACGAAUCAAUCAGAAGAACACCAAGAGGUAAAAACAUUCCAGUAAAGCAAUUGCGGUACUUCCCAUUAAAGCCAAGACUUCAGAGGUUAUUUAUGUCUUCAAAGACCGCUUCUUAUAUGCGAUAUCAUGCCAAAAGACGUCCCAAAGAUGGAGUUUUGAGGCAUCCAGUUGAUGCAGAGACAUGGAAGACCUUUGAUAAGAAGCACCCAGAGUUUGCAGCUGAUCCUCGCAAUGUAAGACUUGCAUUAGCAACUGAUGGGAUGAAUCCGUUUGGGAAUAUGUUGCAUCCACAUAGUACAUGGCCAGUUGUUCUCAUCAGUUAUAACUUACCACCGUGGUUGUGUAUGAAAGAGGAAAAUUUUAUCUUGUCUAUGAUAAUUCCUGGACCCAAAUCCCCAGGAAACGACAUCGAUGUGUAUUUGCAACCACUCAUAGAGGAAUUGAAGGAAUUGUGGGAUGAAGGUGUUGAAACUUACGAUAUUUCAAAGAAAGAGAAUUUUAAAUGUCGUGCAGCAUUACUUGGCACCAUCAGUGAUUUCCCUGCACUAGCUAUGCUUUCCGGGUGGAGCACCAAAGGGGAAUUUGCUUGUCCGUGCUGUGGGCCUGACCGAUGUUCAGAACGACUGAGCAAUGGGGGCAAGUAUUGUUACAUGCAUCAUCGUCGAUACUUGCCUGCUGGUCAUCAUUGGCGCCACCAGAAGUCAGCCUUUGAUGGAGAGAAAGAACUUCGAGAACCACCACAUCUGAUGAAUGGGGAUGAAAUUGCUCAACAGCUGGCUCAUUUUCGACAAGUUCAGUUUGGUAAGAACGCCAAACAGACUGGUCUGACAGAAAUAACACCAGUUACUUUUGAACACAACUGGAAAAAAAAGAGCAUAUUUCAUGAGUUGCCGUACUUAAGCUCAAUUAUAUGUUUUCAUAAUGUCGAUGUGAUGCACGUUGAGAAGAAUAUUUGUGAAACUGUAUUGGGCACAGUGAUGAAUGUAGAAGGGAAAACGAAAGACAAUCUUAAGGCCCGGUUGGAUCUGAUGGACUGGGGAUUACGGCCGGAGUUACAUUUGAGACAAGAGGGAGAUAAAAUAGUGGUGCCAACAGCUUCUUUUGUCAUGUCGCCCAAAGAGAAGGAAUCUUUUUGUAGAACUUUGAAGGAUAUUAAGGUUCCCGAUGGAUACUCAUCAAAUAUUUCUCGGUGUGUGAACGUUAAGGAUCGAAAGAUUAUGGGUCUGAAAAGUCAUGACUAUCAUGUAUUAAUGGAAUAUUUAUUUCCUAUUGCCUUACGUGGACACUUGGAUGGGGAUAUAUUGGAAGCACUGAGUGAGUUAUGUAUGUUUUUUAAAGUGUUGUGUACACGGGUUCUCAAGAUAGAGGAUCUGGAUAAACUACAAGAUAGUAUCGCAAUUACUUUGUGCAAGUUGGAAAGAAUAUUCCCCCCAUCUUUUUUUGUUGUGAUGAUGCAUUUGCCCAUUCAUCUAACACAACAAGCAAAGGAUGCAGGUCCAGUUCAGUAUCGGUGGAUGUAUCCGAUCGAGAGGUAUCUGCGUAAGUUGAAGUCUUAUGUGCGGAAUAAAGCUUGCCCCGAAGGAUCGAUGGCUGAAGCAUACCUUAUAGAUGAAUGUAUCACUUUUUGUACGCGUUACUUGAAUAGUGUUGUUACAAAAUUUAAUAAACUUGAAAGGAAUGAGGAUGAUGAGGCGCCACAACCUGAUGAUCGAUUAAUAGUUUUCAAACAAUCCGGUAGGCCCGUUGGAGCUGAAACUUGGGGACAGCUUACGGAGUCAGAGAUGAAACAAAUCCAACUUUAUGCUUUGCUGAAUACCAAAGAAGUGCAGCCAUAUGAGGAGGAACACAAAAGUGAGCUGCAAAGCCGUGGCUUAAGAGACGCCGACGUUAAUAGAAGACACAUCAAAGAGUUUCCUGAUUGGUUUGCAACUAAAAUAUACCAAUUGCAUAAAAAAGGUGAAUUUCAUACAAGAGAGUGGGAGAGUCGACGAAAGUCACAGAAUAGUGGACUGUGUGUCCCUCGGGAAGACGAAGGUGUAGCUGAAGAUGAAAAUGAUUUUUAUGGAGUUGUGAAUAAUAUUAUCGAGGCACGGUAUGUGGGUCAACUCCGAGUUCUUCUUUUCAAAUGCGAUUGGAGACCGAUUGCAGGAACAGAUGAGUUUGGAUUUACUAGUGUCCAUAUGAAUAGAAGAUAUUAUGUGAAUGAACCGUUUAUUUUAGCAUCUCAAGCACAACAGGUUUUCUAUAUCAAUGAUGUAUAUAAUAAACAAAAUGAAGUGGUUAUAAAAACGCAACCUCGUCGGUCUUUCAAUAUUCCAGAAAUAGAUUCGGAUGGGGAGACUGAAACAGAAAGCUCGACUUCUAGUGAGGCAUAUCAAGAAUGGCAUUCAAGCUAUUCGAUAAAAGAUCUUAGAGGAGAGCCACAUCAGGAUCGCAGUGACAGUUUUGUUUGGGAUAGGAACGACGUUCCCCCAGAAACUAUCAGUCGUGCUGCAGCAGCAGUAGCUUGUCGAAGCCAAGAAGAUGAAGAGGAAAAUGACACGGAUGCCGUUUACACCUCUGAUGAUGAGGAUGAGUAUGAAUUUGAUGAUAAUAACAACCGCGAUGAUAUGGAAUUUUAA